CGUUUCUCUUUGCCGCCGUAGGACAGUAAAGCUCAUCUGAGUUCUGGUUCUGAUCAUCUCCCAGAACCCGGCCGGGUUUCUGUAGAGCAGUUUAAAGGGUCCAGAUGGUCCCAGGAACCUGAAUCAGGACGGGACCCCGGCCCCUCUGGGCUCGGUUCUGGGGGACAGAACCGGGUCAGGCGGUUAUAUAAGCAGCCUGCAUUCUGGGCCAGAACUCAGCGGGUCCUGGCCCGGCCUCAGCAGCGCCGCGGCUCAUCCCAUUAGGGAGUUAUUCUGGGAGCUUGGCUGAGUCCUCCUGCAGGUCUUAAGAGGGUUACAGAGUCUUGACUUUUACUCUGCGCCUGCAGUCCCUGCAGCCUCGCCUCAGCGCCACGUUCUGCUGCUCCUCCCGGACCUUCGUCCCACCAGGAGUCCAGAGCUCGGCGCCGGGCAGACGGAGAGGAGGCCGGCGCUCUCCUCCGGCAGCCAUGGGGAACCACGGCUCCAACCUGGACGACAUCCUGGCCGAGGACAUGCACCACUGGUACAACAAGUUCAUGAAGGAGUCUCCGUCGGGCCUGAUCACGCUGUUCGAGCUGAAGGCCAUCCUCAACCUGAGGGGCAUCACCGAGAACGCCAACAGCUACGUGGAGCAGGUCUUCUUCACCUUCGACAUGGACGGGGACGGCUACAUCGACUUUGUGGAGUACAUUGCGGCCAUCAGCCUGCUGCUGAAGGGAGAAAUCAACCAGAAGCUGAAGUGGUACUUCAAGCUCUUUGACCAGGACGGCAACGGGAAGAUCGACAAGGACGAGCUGGAGACCAUCUUCACGGCCAUCCAGGACAUCACCCGGAACCGGGACAUCGACCCAGAGGAGAUCGUUACGCUCAUCUACGAGAAGAUCGACGUGAAGGGUGAAGGUGAGCUGACGCUGGAGGAGUUCAUCGAAGGAGCCAAGGAGCACCCGGACAUCAUGGACAUGCUGAAGAACCUGAUGGACCUGACGCCGGUUCUGGAGAUCAUCGUUAAAGGCAGAGAGCCCGCCAUCGAGAACUGACGGCCGGAAACACCUGCGGCUGUUUUUAUGAAUCCACCAAUCAAACGCCAGACAUCUACCCAUCCACACCACAGACCCACAGAACUUUACGCUGACCCGGCAGUUCUGACCCGACCCGCUUCCUCCAGGAUUUUCCUCCAGAAGAGUUCAGGACCUUCAGAGCUGCUGCAGGAGAUUUGAUUUGUGCUUCAAGUUUUUACUUUUUUAACACGGAACGUCUCCCUGAUGGGUCCCAACAGGUCCCAGGAGGUUCCAGAAGGUCCCACCGGUCCAUGUUCCUUCGCCUGGUUCCACCCUUCAGAAAAACACGACUUUAAACCAUUUCUUAUCCUUCAACCUGUGUUCGGUGAAUAUUUUGUAAAAAAAAAAAAAAAAAAAAAAAAAAAA